AUGCCUCCUUAUAAAGCAUUGUAUGGUAGAAAAUAUAGAACCCCCUUAUGUUGGGAUGAAGUCGGAGAAAGAAUAUUGAUUGGCCUAGAGAUUGUGCAGCAGACUAAGGAGAAAAUUAAAAUCAUUCGGGAUAGACUAAAGGUUGCAUCUGACUGGCAGAAAUCGUAUAUGGAUUUGAAGAGACGAGACAUUAAGUACAAUGUAGGUGAUAAACUGUACAGGUUUGAUCCUUCACAUGUAUUGCCAUUGGAGUCAAUUGAAGUCAACCCAGAUCUCACAUAUGAUGAAAAAUCCAUAGCAAUUCUAGAAAGGGGGGUGAAGCAGUUGAGGAACAAGCAAAUUCCCUUGGUGAAAGUACUAUGGCGAAAUCAUUCUGGAGAGGAAGCCACUUGGGAGUGUGAAGAAGAUGUUAGGAGGCAGUAUCGACAACUACUCAGAGACACAUAA